AUGAUAUCUGAAGCUCAGCUUAGCACCACAUUUUACUCCACUAGCUGUCCCAACGUGUCGAAUAUUGUUUCUAGUACACUCAGUCAAGCUUUAUCCAACGAUCCGCGCGUUGGCGCUAGCAUCGUUCGUCUCCAUUUCCACGAUUGCUUCGUUCAGGGAUGUGAUGGAUCGGUUUUAUUGGACGACAACACGACGAAUUCAAUACAGAGCGAGAAAAACGCGGGUCCGAAUGCGAACUCGGCGCGUGGAUUUGAUGUUGUGGACAAUAUAAAGGCCGCCCUGGAGCAGGCGUGCCCUGGCGUCGUGUCGUGUGCGGACAUUCUUGCCCUUGCUUCUCAAGCUGCCGUAUCUCUAGCGGGAGGUCCGUCGUGGGCCGUACCGUGCGGCAGGAAUGAUAGCAGAACUGCAAACAUGGCAUUAGCGAACACAGCAAUUCCAUCACCGUCCGAUACCAUAACUAAUAUCAACACUAAGUUUGCUAAUGUUGGUCUCAACACUAACGACUUUGUCGCAUUAUCAGGGGCCCACACGUUCGGGCGAGCACAAUGCUCGUUUUUCUUCAACAGGCUGUACAAUUUCAGCGGGACGGGACAGCCGGACCCGACUCUGAAUUCGACCUACCUGACGACGCUAAGGCAAGUGUGCCCGCAAAACUUGGCCAACUUGACGUCGGUGGUGACGGACUUGGACCCGUCGAGCCGGGACACUUUCGACACCGGGUAUUACUCGAACCUGCUAACGGGUCAGGGGCUACUGCAGUCGGAUCAAGAGCUGUUCUCGAAUUCGACCUCGCAGAUAAGUGGGCUUGUGCAGCAGUUUAGCAGCAACAGCAAUGCAUUUUUCCGGAGCUUUGCGGCGUCCAUGGUGAAGAUGGGGAAUAUUGUAUCGGGUCAGAGUGGAGAAAUCAGGGCAAAUUGCAGGGUGAUCAAUUAA